AUGGUGGAUAAGGGUCCCGAGACUAGUGACACUUUAUCACCUUCUCCCUCGAGGGGUUCGUCAAUACCGUCUUCCCCAGAACAUGUUGUGCGUCAUGCUGCAGCUCCAAAAAACCGUGAGCUUAGUGAAAAGCCUUCUCCAUAUAUUCCGCUGGUUCGUUUCACUCCCAGUAAUAGUCCCUGGAGGAAGGAUAAGACAAUUAAAUCAUCUCCCAUACGACGGCCCCCAUUGAGUAUUGUAUCUUCACAGAAAGCUGUCAAGUCUCAGAGUGAGUCAGAGAAUAGAUUGAUGGGUUUGCUGCGAUCGAAGAGUAAAGUUGGAAAUUUCCAUAAUGUUAAACUGGGAAAAAGAGAAAUGCCCCAGCUCUCUAGAAGUCGAACUGUGGUACCUGAAUUUAUUUCUACCAAUAAAUCAUUGAAAGUACGAUCUGAAUCGUUCGAUCAGAGCAUCUCAUCUUUGGCAAGUACUCCUAGGCAUGAAGCAAACCGAACGUUUAUUUCUAAUGUCAAGCAGCUUUUACAGAAUGAUAGAGCCCUUGAGGCAAAAGCGGCUGCGUUGAAUAGAGAUAGCACUGAAAAGCCUACCAAAACACUUCAGAAAAUCAAAGUUGCUUCUCGAGAAAAGCAAAUGGCGAACUUGCAGGUAAAAAGUGGAGAGCCUAAGACAGACUCAGUGACAGACAAAGCUGGAGCGGUUUCAGCAGUUGUUUCUCAGCCUCCUGUUAAAGAAUUUUCGGCACGAACAGGUCAAGAGAAGACAAAUGGAGAAGCUAAAACUACGCCCAUGAUCAAAAAUAUCGAGAGAGGGAGCCAGAAGGCCGAGCUUUGUAUACCGAACAAGCGUUCUCACGAGAGCGCAAUCACUGAAGUCGCAUCGAAAGGAAAAAAGGCAAAACUUUUAGAUUUAUCAGGAGAUGCAAAGAAUUUGUCAGAUACUGUUAGCCCUUCACAGCUUAUUGCUGCUGAGUUGUUGCAUGGUAGCACUAUAGAAAGGAACAAUAGUCCAGAUGGCGCCACAAAGGCUAUUCCUCUCAUACAGCAAAGAUCAAUCGAGAAGAGUGAGCCUAGUAUUUCAAAGGACUCCUCCGAUAAUGCUGUUUUGGUUCAGGCCCAAUCUUCAAGGGAGAAGAUAGAGUCCAUUAAGGAAACAACAAGAAAAGUAAAUGAAGUAUCAAGUGCUAGCGACCAUUUUACCACUGUUAAAAAUACGAUACAUGCAGAUGAUAGGAGUAAAAAGUUGGAUGAUGCCAGAGAUGUUGUUCGGGUCCUCGACGAGCCUAACAUUUCAAGCAAAGCCUCCACUACAACAACAACUCAACUCACGUCUGUGAAAGAAAGAAUAAGGCCUAAUGCAGAACUAUCAAAAGACAAGAAGAAAGAAUUAACGAACAAUGAUCAGCUUAUUGCUGUUAAGCACUUUCCACAAGCAGAGAAAAAGGGGAGGAAGAUGAGCAUUGAAGGCGCCGGACAGGCUAUUACAGUCACUGCUCGCGAGGAAAGGUCGACUGAGAAGAGCGCGUUCAGCGGUUCAACUAAGCGCACCAAUAACUAUGGAAUUUCUCGAGUAUUCAAGAAAAACAUGGCAGUAUCUAGUAUUGAACCUGGCGCCGCCUCAUCAAGAGAAGUAAUGAUGAUACGGAAUCCACUUAUUGAUCAUGAUCAGCAUCCCAAAACGAUUAAUGUUGUUAGGCAGGGGAAAAAGACGAAAUCUGAAUCCAAGGUACAGAAACCUAUAAAAGAUCGUGAACAGCGUCAAAUGUCGACUCAGUUCAGCUUGGAGCAGAUAAGGGCAAUUUCUAUCAGGGAGUCCGGUAUCACAUCUUCAAAGGAUGAGGUAGCCGUAUCGAUUCCCCCUGUUCUUCGUGAUCAGACGCCCAUGGUACCUAUUCCUAUUCACAAGGGUAAACAGGCAAUUAUCAAUUCCGACAUUCCGAAUCCUCCUGUCGGUCGUGGCCAGCAACCUAUCAUGAAUAAGUUCACCUUUAAUAUCACAAGGACAAAAUCUGCUACGGUGCUUGGCAACAUACCAUCAAAAGACGGGCCAACCGUACAGCAUCCUUCUGUUGCUAGUAUUCAACAUCUCACAGGAAAUGCUAGCGAAGAGAGGAAAGAUAAAUCCAGCUCCGAGCCAGCCAUUUCUUUGCACAGAGACCAAACAUCCAUACAGAAGUCGGUUCCUCAUGAGAAUCUGGUUGCAGAUCAACAGGUACAACAGGAUUCCAUCAAGGGAAUUGGAAUUGAAACAGUUAAUGGUUUUGCGACUGCUCCUCCCAUUUCCAGUCUCAGAGCGAGAUGGAAUAAUGCCCUGACUGAGGAACCCACUGAUGACGAGUCCAAGCGUCAGAAUUUGGUUGAUCUUCUUACGGUGCUUUAUAGAGAAAAAACUCAAAUUGAAGAGCCAGUUCAUUCUAGUGACGCUACUGGAGGUGAUAUGAAUGCAAAGAUACAAGAUGGUUUUGUCGCUCGGGUUUUAACCAUGCCAGAGGUAUUCGGCGAUGAGGAGCCUGACGGCAAACGUGGUGCAAAGACUAGGGAUAAGCAACAUGUACUCACUGAGGCGGUGGUGUCCGCGGGCGGAGAAUUACCAAAGCCUCGCCAGGAGGAACCACUAGCCCGGGAAGACAGCUCUUUGAAGCUCGAGUUACAUUACCUUACUGAACCCGACAGCACUUCAAGCAACGAUGAAGAAUCUGGGAAGGACAACUUUAAUAAGAAGUCAAACAAUACAAAGGAAACAGAGAUGUCUGGAAAAAAUAAUGUAAUUGGUCCUAAGCAAGGUGUCAUUUCCGUAGCCAGUCGUGACAAAGGUGCUGGUAAAGAGAUUUCUCCAAAGCAGGACCCAGUGAUUGAAAGACGAAAGAUAAACCGUCAAUUGACGCAAGAUGUAAUGAAGCUUAAUAAAAAGUUGGGAUACGCUAAAGAUAGAAUAUCUCAAUUGAUAGAAGGUGGCAUUGCCAUUCAUUCUUCUAUAGCAUCAAAUCCCAAAGUGAGUGUUACGAAUAAUAUAUGUUCCGCAAAGAAUUAUGAACACUCUCAUGCAUAUUACUAUCAACAAAUGCACAAGAAGGGAGAUCUGGAAUACAUCUCUAUCAGUGGCCCUCUUAGUGCUAAUUUUGUUAACGACAAUGAACUUCCAACACAGGCAAGUAGAGAAGCGCAACCGAAAGGCAAAGUAGUGGAGAGCCAUUCUCGUCCAUCUAAUCCCUUGAGCUCCCAAAUAGAUAAACAAGAUUCUACAGGUCACUUAAGAGAAGGAUGGAAACGGCGCUGGCUCGCGACGCUUCAGGGAUGUAUGGUAUAUAUAGAGACGCCAUCGGCUUCCUCAGAGGAUUUUACUGCUGAACAGUUCUUCCACAUGAAAAAGGCUUUUGUUGGGCUAGGCGCUAAGGUAGUUGAUCAUUUCGAUGAGAAGGUGGGUAUACUUAUCACAACGAAGAGCCCAGAGGCAGGCGCUGCUGAAGAAAAAGCGUCGAAUGGAGGCUUAAGAGUAUGGUCUGUAAAGAAAGCAUUUCAAUUUCUGAUGAAUCUAGGAGAACAUCAGACAAAACAGGAAGUCAAACCUGACGCCAAAACAUCGGGGAGUGUUGUAGAGGCGGACAAUGAUACCACAUUGAUAAAAGUUCCUCUCACUAAUGAUAAAUUUAAAAUAAAAACUACGUCAACGCUUAUUGAACCGACUAAGCCUUCAUCAACGCCAGAUUUGGUAGUUCCCAAGGCUGCCAAGGCCAAAGAAAUUGUCACUGCAUUGGAACGCAGCAUGUCACCAACGGCACAGAAGCUUACGAAACCUGAGCCUAGAGUUCCUGAAUCAGACCCCGUGGCACAAGAAGCAUUACACACAGGAGCCAGUGAGCGCACGGUGGCUCCAAAACUAUCUUCUUUUGGAACACCGGCCCUUUUAGAUAGUGCAACGAUCUCUUCACAUGAGACAUGGGGAGAAGUCAGCAGCGAGAAUCUUUCGGAAACGGAAGAUAUUGGCGAAGACCAGUUUGUCCGAACUAUAAUAGAGGAUGCGACAAAUGCCUUGGAGGAGAAGGAUAAACAAAUCGAGGCCGCACGAAAGCUGAUCUUAGCGCUAUCUCGAGAAGUCAUGCAAAAGGAACUGUCAAUAACCUCACUCUCAGGCCGCUUAAGGGCAGCAGAGCACGAAAUCAAGGAGCAAAAGCUUACUCUUGACGAUUACGCCGUAACAUUAGCCGAAAAGGAACUUGACAUCAUGCGAAUGACCGAUGAACUACAAGAAGAAUCUGAUUAA